CGCCUGAGAAAAAAAUCCUCCGGUGUCGCUAGGGUUUUAGCUUUAAUAAUCCCUCUUCUUCUACAAAUCCUUAAAACCCUUUGGGCAUGACACCCUUUUGCCACUCCACUCUCUCUAUCCCUAACCCCAACUCCCUCAUGUCUCUCUCCUCCUCCCUCCGCCUCUCCUCUUCCCUCCUCCGUCGCUCCCUCACCCACCCUCGCCACUUCCGGUUCCCCCUCGCCGACCCAUUAUGCCGUCUCCGCCGCACUCAACCCUCUGGCCUCCGCUUCAUCUCCUCCCUUCCUCCACAGUCCUCAAACAACGGCGGUUUGGUGGUUUCAGGGGAUGAAAAUAACAACAACGGAGGAGGAGAGUCUCCUCGUAUAGUGCCCUUUGAGCUUCACAAGGAGGCUACGGAGUCUUACAUGGCUUAUGCUCUCUCUGUUUUGCUUGGACGUGCUUUGCCUGAUGUUAGAGAUGGUCUCAAGCCUGUCCAUCGGAGAAUACUGUUUGCUAUGCACGAGCUGGGGAUGUCUUCUAAGAAACCAUACAAGAAGUCUGCAAGAGUUGUCGGAGAGGUUCUUGGUAAAUUUCAUCCGCAUGGAGAUACUGCUGUUUAUGAUUCUCUUGUUAGGAUGGCUCAGAGUUUCUCCUUGAGAUGUCCACUUAUCCAAGGACAUGGAAAUUUUGGGUCUAUUGAUGCAGAUCCUGCUGCUGCUAUGCGAUACACUGAGUGCAGACUCGAUCCACUUGCAGAGGCUGUGUUGUUAGCUGAUCUUGACCAAGACACGGUUGAUUUUGUGCCUAACUUUGACAACUCACAAAAGGAACCAACUGUGUUGCCAGCUCGUCUUCCUGCUCUAUUGCUCAAUGGAGCUUCUGGGAUUGCUGUUGGUAUGGCGACAAAUAUACCUCCUCAUAAUCUUGGGGAGUUGGUAGAUGUGCUUUGCGCAUUAAUCCACAAUCCAGAAGCAACGCUACAAGAACUGCUGGAAUACAUGCCUGCACCUGAUUUUCCAACUGGAGGAACAAUAAUGGGAAACCUUGGGGUUUUAGAUGCUUACCGAACUGGCCGAGGGCGUGUUGUAGUUAGAGGAAAAACUAAAGUUGAAAUGUUAGAUGCAAAGACAAAGCGCAAUGCAGUUAUCAUCACAGAGAUUCCUUAUCAGACAAACAAAGCUACACUUGUUCAGAAGAUUGCCGAACUUGUUGAAAAUAAGACACUGGAAGGGAUAAGCGACAUACGCGACGAGAGUGAUCGUAAUGGGAUGCGUGUGGUUAUCGAGCUCAAACGAGGAGGGGAUCCUGCACUUGUGCUAAAUAACCUUUACCGCCAUACAGCCCUCCAAUCAAGUUUCAGCUGCAAUAUGGUGGGUAUCUGUAAUGGAGAGCCGAAGCUUAUGGGUUUAAAAGAAUUACUUCAGGCAUUUAUUGAUUUCAGAUGUUCUGUGGUCGAGAGGCGCGCAAAGUUCAAGCUUUCACAUGCACAACAAAGAAAGCAUAUUAUUGAGGGUAUUGUGGUUGGGCUUGACAAUAUGGAUGCAGUAAUCCAACUCAUCAAAAAAGCCUCAAGUCAUUCCUCUGCUUCGGCUGCUUUACAGAGUGAGUAUGGGCUUUCUGAGAAGCAAGCUGAGGCGAUAUUGGAGAUAAGUCUUCGAAGACUAACUGCUCUCGAGCGAAAGAAAUUUACUGAUGAGAGUAGUUCACUGACGGAGCAAAUCACAAAGCUGGAACAGCUACUGUCAAGCAGAACAAACAUUUUGAAGUUAAUCGAGCAAGAAGCAAUAGAGCUGAAGGACAGGUUCUCAACUCCCAGGCGUUCAGUGCUGGAAGAUUCUGACAGUGGUGAUCUGGAUGACAUAGAUGUUAUUCCAAAUGAAGAAAUGCUGAUGGCAAUAAGCGAGAAGGGUUAUGUGAAAAGGAUGAAGCCUGAUACGUUCAAUCUCCAGAACCGUGGAACCAUUGGAAAAUCCGUAGGGAAGCUGAGAGUUGAUGAUACCAUGUCUGACUUUCUCGUUUGUCAUGCGCAUGACCAUGUACUCUUUUUCAGUGACCGGGGUAUAGUUUACUCAACCCGUGCUUACAAGAUUCCAGAAUGCUCUCGCAAUGCAGCUGGCACACCUUUGGUUCAGCAGAUACUGUCCAUGUCAGAAGGUGAAAGAGUAACCUCCAUCGUUCCUGUUAGCGAGUUUUCUGAAGACCAGUAUCUCCUGAUGCUUACUGUGAAUGGCUGCAUCAAGAAAGUACCGUUGAAGCUAUUCUCAGGGAUACGCUCAACUGGAAUCAUAGCGAUUCAACUGAACUCUGGUGAUGAAUUGAAAUGGGUUCGUUGCUGCUCAAGCGAUGAUCUUGUGGCCAUGGCGUCCCAAAACGGAAUGGUUGUCCUGAGUACAUGUGAUGGUGUUCGAACACUGAGCAGAAACACAAAGGGAGUGACUGCCAUGAGACUCAAGAAUGCGGAUAAGAUGGCGAGCAUGGACAUCAUUCCUUCAUCUCUUAGGAAAGAUAUGAUAGUGAAGUCAGAAGAAACUGAAACUUCGGCUGAGAAACAAUCAACGGGUCCAUGGCUGUUAUUCGUGUGUGAGAAUGGCUAUGGAAAGCGUGUUCCUCUGAGUAGCUUCAAGCCUUCUCGUUUGAACAGGGUUGGCUUAAUAGGAUCCAAGUUCGCCGAGGAUGAUCGUUUGGCUGCUGUUUUCGUGGUUGGUUACUCCUUAGCUGAGGAUGGAGAAAGCGAUGAACAAGUGGUUCUAGUGAGCCAAAGCGGGACAGUGAACAGGAUCAAAGUCAGGGAUAUCUCCAUCCAAUCACGUCGCGCACGGGGAGUGAUUCUCAUGAGACUUGAUCACGCUGGAAAGAUUCAGUCAGCAUCUCUGAUCUCCGCAGCAGAUGAAGAAGAAGGAGUUCAGUCUCUUGAAGAGUUUGUUGGUAGUUUGUAG